AUGCAAAUCAACAGCUCGCCGCUAAAGGAAGACCAAUUGUCCUUUGACGAACGCUCGGUGCGCCAGACUGCCGAAAACCUUAUCGAAUCGGUCAAGAACUGGAAAAAGGGCAAGUGCUACAAGUUCAGCUUGAACGCAGACAAUUGCACCGAGGACUCGAAAUGUGAGGUCCAAACUUACGGACAAACCAUUGAUGGCGACUACUGGCUGUGCAGGCAGUCCCAGCACAAGAUUUCUCCCGAAAACUACAGACGUUUCGUGCAAGUGCUCAACGGCAGUAAGUGGGAUGCGGAUGCCCAGAAGUGGGUCCUUGCGGAUCGCGCUGCCAGAUCGAAGAUGGAACAACAGUACAUAGAGACGCUCUCCAAGUGUCGCGUGGAAAAGCUGGUACCCCCUGUCAAGGAGGGAGAAGAAGAAGAAGAGGAGCAGCAGCAGCAGCCUCCUUUGGACCAGACUGUACCCUUUGGCUGGGUCCUCGUCAAUUUGGAGUACGAACUCGGGAAACCGCUAGCCACCAGAGAGUUCAACGAAUGGGUCUGUCCGCUGCUACCCGCAACAGUGACAGCCCCAGGGGCUGGGGCUGGGGCUGGGGCUGGGCCAGCUCUGGAAACCAGUUACGUCGUUUCGGCUGUAGCUGACCAUCCAAUCCGCGAUCCCGUACACCACACCCACGCCUACUACGCUAGCGUCGAACAACUCAAAUACGACCAUUCAAGUCACGUGCUCGUGUGGACCAUGUGCACUACCAGUGACGCAGGCGGCAAUGUGCCAAAAUGGAUCCAAAACGCUACCAUCGCGCGCACCGUAGCCAAGGAUGUUCCGUACCUCAUCAAUUGGCUGAAGUGA